AUGGCACUAGAUCAUCCAGAUCAUCUAGGUGAGGACGUGGUAGAUCAGUCCACGUCGCAUCAAAGAAGUGGCUUCGACGACGACAACCUUGAAGAAUCCGAUAACGAGGAACCUGAUCCGGCGCCGAAGAAGGAAGCAAACACCGCUGCCGAUGAAGAUGAAAUCGAUCCGUUGGAUAUGUUUAUGUCUACGCUCACAGAAAAUAUACCUGAUGCACCGGUAGGAUUGGGUCGCGGUGAGGUUAUUGACGAAGAUGACGAUCCUCGGGGCGAGGCAGAAGAAAUCGAUCCUGACGAUGUACUGGCAAUGACUCAAAAGGUGAAGAAGAAGAAAGAGAUACCAACGAUCGAUCACGCAAAAAUGGACUACGAACCUUUCCGAAAGAAAUUCUAUGUCGAGCCAGAAGAGCUAGCCGAUCUGACGGACCAGGAGGUUGAUGAGAUCAGGCUCGAGCUGGAUGGCAUCAAAAUCAGAGGUGUGGACUGUCCAAAGCCUGUACAAAAAUGGAGUCUGUUUGGAAUUCCAGCGCAGACAAUGGACGUUAUACGAAAGCUAGAGUACGAGAAGCCAACGGCUAUUCAGGCCCAGGCUAUACCUGCAAUCAUGGCCGGAAGAGACGUUAUUGGUGUUGCAAAGACCGGUAGUGGAAAAACGAUCGCAUUUUUGCUACCCAUGUUUCGGCAUAUCAAAGAUCAACGGCCAUUGCAAGCCAAUGAGGGGCCUAUUGCUUUGAUUAUGACUCCGACCCGAGAGCUGGCCGUUCAAAUCCACAAAGAGUGCAAGCCCUUCUUGAAGGCUUUGGAUCUUAGGGCGGUUUGUGCAUACGGUGGAUCUCCGAUUAAGGACCAGAUUGCAGAGCUGAAAAGAGGUGCCGAGAUUAUUGUCGGUACUCCGGGGCGGAUUAUCGAUCUUUUAUCCGCAAACUCCGGUCGCGUGACGAACUUGAAAAGAGUGACGUACAUCACAUUGGACGAGGCGGACCGAAUGUUUGACAUGGGUUUCGAGCCUCAGGUUAUGAAGAUCAUUGGAAACAUCCGACCGGAUCGGCAAACUGUGCUAUUCUCAGCCACAUUCCCUAAGCAGAUGGAGGCUCUGGCACGGAAAGUAUUGACAAAGCCUGUGGAGAUUGUCGUUGGAGCCCGAAGCGUUGUUGCUAGUGAGAUCACGCAGAUCGUGGAGGUUCGACCCGAAGACACAAAGUUUGUGCGAACUCUUGAACUUCUCGGCGAUCUAUAUAAUAAGGAUGAAGACGCUCGUACCCUGAUCUUUGUUGAGAGACAGGAAGGUGCUGAUUCAUUGCUGAAAAUGCUCAUGGCUAGAGGGUACCCGUGCUUGUCUAUUCAUGGUGGCAAGGAUCAGGGUGAUCGAGAUUCCGCAAUCUCAGAUUUCAAAAACGGUGUUGUGCCGAUCCUCAUUGCAACUUCAGUGGCUGCUCGUGGGCUUGACGUGAAGCAGCUGGUACUUGUUAUCAAUUACGAUUCCCCCAAUCACCUGGAAGAUUAUGUUCACCGCGUUGGUCGGACUGGACGAGCAGGAAAUCACGGAACGGCGGUGACAUUCAUUACUCCCCAACAGGAGCAGCAUGCGUUCGAAAUUGCAAAGGCUUUGAGGUUUAGCAAGCAGCCUGUUCCCGAAUCCUUGCAAAAGCUAGCUGACUCUUUCUUGGAGAAGGUAAAGUCUGGGAAAGAGCGAUACGGAGCUGGUGGAUUCGGCGGAAAAGGCCUCGAUAAGCUGGAUGCUGCGCGUGACGUUGCUCGGAAACUUGAGCGCAAGGCGUAUGGCGAGGAUGAAGAGCCGGCUGCUGAGGUCGUUGACUCGGAUGACGAAGAAGACGUUGCUGCUGCUGCUGCUGCUCCUGCGGCGGAGAAGCAGCUUUCGCCUGAGCCGAUUGUGAUCCACCGACGAACGCCUGCUGCUGCUGUUCCUGGGAGCGAUGCGAGGGCACAUGCAGCAGCGGCUGCUAGUGCGAUUGAGCGUGCAAAGCUGGCUACCACACAGCUAGAUACCAAGCUCAAGACUACAGGAACGAAGGUUGGUCCAGCUGCGGAUAAUAAGGGUCCUGAUGCUGGAGAAUUCCAUGCUACGCUGGUUAUCAAUGACUUUCCUCAAAAAGCAAGAUGGGCAGUCACUAAUCGGACGAAUAUUGCUAAAGUUCUUGAGACUACGGGAACAUCGAUCACUACUAAGGGUACAUUUUAUCCUCCAGGAAAAGUCCCACCCCCUAACGGCGAUCCGAAGCUAUAUAUUCUUGUUGAAGGACAGACUGAGGUCGAUGUCUCUAGUGCCAUGCACGAACUGAAGCGUCUUUUGACCGAAGGCACUGUCGCUGCCGCCGAGAGCUCUGAAACCAGGCCGGGUCGAUAUACAGUUGUCUGA